CAGAUCAGAUGUCAGCUGUCUCUAAAAAAUUAUUAACGGAAUACAUUUUCCAUUUUCAUGUACUAGUAUAGACGAAAAAGACAAAUUUUUUCUACAUAUAUUUUUAGAAUUACGAUUCUGGAUUAGCAAAAUUUACGUGAAUGUUGAGGACAAUCAAGACCGGCCACCUGCCAAGCGUGCGCGGCCUGGCCGGCUUUGGCACGAGAUUCAACUACCAGACCCUUCCCAAGCCGCUCCACCGCGGUGAGAACUACUACCAGGUGCUGAAUGUUCCCGUCUGCUCUAGCGACCAGGAGAUCAAAAGUGCCUUCAUCGAGCUCUCGAAGAAGUACCAUCCAGACGCCAACACGCAGACCCGCGACUCUGAGGUCUUCAUCAAGAUCUGCGAGGCCUACCAGACGCUGCACCGACAGAACUCGCGGCAGCUGUACGACUCCCUCCUAAGGAUGCAGCACAUAACCACCACCGCUUCGCAGGAUACGGCCUUCACCGGGCGGCAAAUGUCAACGAGGUGGUCCCAGUACCAGUCUGCCAUGAGGAGCAAGCAGAUGAGCCGUAGCUCCCAGAUGUUCCCAAAAAAAACCAAGUCUGUCAUCUUCAAGCGGAGAGUGACUAGCCAGUACCUGCCCAUGCGCAUGCAGCCGUUGGAACUGGCGGUACAGUGGGCAAACAAGGACGGAGACAAGGACGAAGGUGAAUCCUGGAAGGACUUCUUUCCCCACGGCCUCAUCUUCUACCUCUUCGUGGGGGGACUCUGCGGGGUGGGCGGCCUAGUUUUCGUGGACUUGGUCAGCGGACGCCAUAAGAAGCCAAUGUCAGAGGACGACAGCGAGUCGAGUUCACCCGAGUGAUCCUUUGGGCUUGGUAGAUCCAAGAUGUGAAUUUUGAGAGGCACUAGCCAACAUCACACGCGUUCCCAUAUGUCAUUUUGCUUUCCAUAAAACAGCGAAUCUAAUGUCGACUAGGCGGCAACUUAUACAUAUGCAUGGCACACUGGCAGUGAUGUACUCUGCCUGAACUUGUUGGAAAGAAAAAUAUAUAAAUCUGCUCGUUAA